AUGGCGAGCUUGGAAACCAUUUCACACGUGUUGGAGCAGCUGUUGCUUCCCCAGCACGCGCGGCUGGCGGAGCAGGAGCUUUUGGCGAUGGAAACCACUCCAGGGUUCGCCGUGUCGUUAUUACACGUGGUGUCGCUGACCAACUUAAACGCCCUGGUGCGGCUUGCCGGCGCCCUUUUCUUCAAGAAUCUCAUCAAGCGCAAGUGGUUAAGUAGCGACGGGGAAACCUACAUGUUGCCGUUGGAGGAUGUCACCAAAAUCAAGCAGGAAAUCGUCGAUGUCCUCGUACAGCUUCCGUCGCAACUUCAGCGACAGAUCGGCGAGGCCAUCACCUUGAUUGCUGAGUGCGAUUUCCCUCACCGGUGGGAAAACCUCAUUGAUCUCCUUGUGGCGAAAUUGUCGCCCACAGACUUCGUUAACAACCGCGCCGUGUUGGAGGUGAUGCACUCUAUCUUCAAAAAGUGGCGGCCAUUGUUUCGCAGUGACGAGUUGUUCUUGGAAAUCAAAUUGGUGCUUGAGAAAUUUGCCCCGACUUUCCUCCAAUUAUUUGUUGCUGUGGACCAGUUGAUCGGUGAACACAAAGAUGACGCCGCCAGUUUAGGCAUCUACCUUGACAAUUUGUUGGUUUUGGUCCAAUUAUACUACGACUUGAACUGUCAAGAGUUACCCGAAUUCUUUGAAGACAAUAUGAGACAACUCAUGAAGUUAAUUUACGAUUACUUGAAAUUCCAGUCUAAUUUAAUCACCAAACCCGACGAAGACCUGGAAGUGGACGUAUUAAUCAAGGUGAAGACGGCCAUCGUCGAGUUGUUGAGUCUCUACGUCAACCGAUACGCCGACGACUUCAGCGAGUAUGUCGAGGAGUUUAUUAAAUUGGUGUGGGAAACGGUGUCUGGGGUCCUGGAACAACCUAAGUACGACUUGUUGGCAGUUAAACUGUUGGACUUCUUGUCUUCGGUAGUAAGAAACCCUGGUUUACAACAUAUCUUUAAUAAUGAGCAGGCGUUCGAUGAAAUCAUUCGCAAGCUUAUUUUACCUAAUAUUGUCUUCCGUGAGCUGGAUGAGGAGCAGUUUGAAGACGAGCCCAUCCAGUUUGUGCGGUCAGACUUGGAAGGUUCCGAAUUUGAGUCACGGCGCAAGAGUGCCACUGAUUUCUUGCGUGAGCUUAAGGAAGUCAACUCUCAGCUCAUCACUACCAAGGUCAUGUCGUACGUCAACGAUUUCCUUAGCCAGCUGAAGGACAACUGGAAGAAUAAGGAUAUCGCCAUCUACCUUUUCACUUCAUUGGCUACCAAGGGCUCGAUCACCAACGCUGGGGUCACCACGGUGGUUAUUGACGUUGUGGGCUUCUUUGUACAAAAUAUUGUUGGUGACUUGAGCAACAACCAGAUCCACCCGAUUUUGCGGAUGGACGCCAUCAAGUACAUCUACGUGUUCCGUAACCAAUUGACCAAAGAACAAUUGGCCGAAGCAAUCAACAUGAUGGUCAACUUAUUGGAUGUGGGCCAACCCCCUGCUGUGUACACCUACGCCGCGGUCACGUUGGAAAAGCUUUUGGGGUUGACUGACUUCAAAACCCACCAACCUAUCUUCAACAAGGAGGACAUGCGCCAAAUCCACCCGCAGUUGUUGACCCAGUUGUUCCUGUUAUUGUUGCAAUUCCAGGACAGACCCGAGCGUCUUGACGAAAACGAGUUUGUCAUGAAGUGCAUCAUGCGGGUGCUUUCAGUCACCGACGACACGUUGGAAAACCGCAUGCCGAUCAUGGGUCAACUCAUCUCCAUCUUGGAAGUGACUUCGAAGAACCCGGCCAACCCUCGCUUCACCCACUACGUAUUUGAACUGAUGGGGUUGUUGAUCAAGUAUGCUCCUGAAAGUGACAUCCCCACUUUUGUGGAAAACCUUGUCCCCAAGUUGUUGCCGGUGUUGGUUGAGGACAUUCAGGAAUUCGUGCCUUAUAUCUUCCAAAUCCUUGCCUACGUGUUGGAGCGUCUUCCCAAGUCUCAAGGCUUACCCACGGUAUACCGCGAUCUUGUACGUCCACUUAUGGCGCCUGUGAUUUGGGAGUACAAGGGUAACAUCCCCGGUAUUACCCGAUUGCUCAUUGCUAUCAUUCAGCAAGACCCCUCGGUGUGUGGCGACCGCGACAACUUGGAGUCGGUGUUGGGGGUAUUCCAAAAGCUCAUAUCGUCAAAGCUCAACGAUGCCUACGGGUUUGACUUGUUGCAAACGAUCCUCUUAUACGUGUCGCCUCAACACUACAUGCUGUUCUUGCGGGACGUGUGCUUCCUCUUGUUGAACCGACUUCUGAACUCGCGCACUGAACGCUACGUUAAGCGGUUCACCAUGUUCUUGAUGGUGCUUGCGGCCACGCCGUUGUCCCAGGCGGACAUCCCCAACAAGCAAACCAUCAACGGCAGCUUUGUCGUGCAAUUCUUCCAAAAUGCCCAGCAAGAUGUGUUCAACAAAAUCUGCAAGACGUUCAUCAUCCCCACCGUCCUGCAACUUGCCAACUUGCAAGACAAGAAGAUUGCCAACAUUGGGUUGUCGCAAUUAAUUUUGGCCCCGGAACUCAACGACGAGGUUGUUCUAGAACUCACGCAGCUGGUAGCCGAUAACAUUCUCACCUACGAAGGCAUCAAGAAGCAAAACGAUUCGGGGGCCAAGGAACCCGGGGUGGCGAUGACCAACGCCCCGCUCAACGAGUUGGACUUGGAGAUGCAAGCCUUCGGUCUGACGUUCUCGAAGAUCGUGCUGGUGCAGAACAAGUCGUUUGAUCCUGUGGCUCACGUGCCUAACAAUGACUUUGCCGGCAUCGAGCGCAUUGUGUUCACCAACAUCAAGCAGGUGCGGCCGGCGGUGGCCCAGGCGUUACUGCCCGAGGUGAAGGAGAGAGUUCUGCGUCUGGGAUAA